UUGUUUUCCAUCGAAUCGCACUUCGCGCUAGCUGGAACUAGCCAGGUAGUCGAAUUCCGCCGAAAUUCCGCGGCAGGGGCGCCAUGACAUGGCGCUCCCCUUAGCUCAUGCGCGCGCAUCAUGCUGCGCGCUAACUGUGCGCGCACCCAGCGCCAAUGUUCUGCCAGACGUUUGCGCUCAUACGCGCGCACCCGGUUCGCGCGCAGCCCUGCCGCCCCUCUCCGCGCGUCCUGUCGGCUUGGCGUGUGCUGACGUGCCACGUGGCGUAAUAUUGCGCGGGCCGCUGUCUCACAAACGGAUUGCGGGACAGCUCUGCAGCUCACAUCGGAGCCUUCGCUUGAAGGGGGAUCGAUGCACAUAUCGGCGGGUGAACGAGUCUCGGCGCAUCUGUGCUCCGCCUGUCCGCGGGAAGGUCGCAGGCGCGCCUAAUGGGGGGAAAUGCGCUUUUGAAGCUGAUGGUGGGGGAGUGGGGGCAGAAGUACGCUCUGGUGGUGGUGGUGGCAGGGGAAUGGACGCCAGGCACGGUCUCCCAAGCUGAUGUGGCGGCCCUGCUAACCACAGUAUGCCACCUGCCCCAGUCGCAGCCUGUCGAGAUCGCUCCUCUGCACUUCGCCCCUUUACUAUCCACCGCAUCAGCCACCGCCAACGCCACCCCUCAACCACAGCCCCCUCCCCACACCCCACCACCGCCUCGCAUCCUGCUGCUCCCCAACCUCCGCCACAUGUCAUCCGCUGACGCUGCCAACUCACCAGCCCUGGCUGCCACGCUGGCAGGCGUGGCAGAAGCAGAGGAGCGGGCGGCAGAGGCAGAGGGGCGGGGAGCCCUGCACGAGCCAGAGCAGCACCCCUCUAGCCCCGCCCCCCCUUCUCCAGCGCUCCCAACCACCACCCCUCUGCGACCACCCAUCCCUCUGCCACUGCCCCCAUCCCUCCGCCUGUCCCCCGACCCCCUGGUCGACCUGGUGGUGGUAGACGCCCCCUCCGUCUGCCACCGCGUGCUCGCUUCCUCAGUGGGCGUGGCUGCCGUCGUGGGGCGGGCCGUUGCUGGGGUAAGAGUGGAGGGGGAGGUGAUGGGGGUGAUGGCUGCUGUGGGCGGGAUGGGGAAGAUGAAGGAGCGGGAGACCAGAGAGGGAGGUGGUAGUGAGGGGCGGAGCAGGGUGGUGGCGGUGGUGGGGGCAGCGAGCUUGGGUCGCAGUGGGCCGUUGAUUCGUGCUCUCUUGCCUCGCUGCGAUGCCCUCAUGCUCUCAGGGCCCGUGCUGCCUGCCCUGCUGGCUGCUGCUGCUGCUGCUGCUGCCGCUACCCAACAGGAUAGCAAUGAUGCUGGUGAUGGUAGCAAUGCUGCUUCAGUUCCAGGCUCGUUGAAUGCUUCAGGCGCUUCAGGCGCUUCAGAUGGCUGUAGAAUCCGCAUUGCCUCCUUGCCCGGGUUCCCCAAACUCGCCUCACUGCACAGCCGAGCAGCAGCACACGGCACAGGAGGAAGAGUCAGCGGCGGCUCACAAGGCAGAAGUGAGGACGCAUAUGUGGAUGCCCACAUCGCAUCCCUCCUCGCUUCUCUCCCCCGCCCCUCCCCACAAGCCUUGGCUGACGCCUCUGCCUUUCUUGCCUCACUCCCUCCCGCCCUCCUCUCUCGCCUCGUGCUGCCUCUUGCUGUCAGCACCCCGCUGCCUGUUGCUGAAACCAGCAGCACUCACUCCCACCAGCUGCAGCAGCUUGAGUACCAGCACCAGUGUCAGUCGCAGCAGCAGCAGCAGCAGCAGCAGCAGCAGCAGCAGCAGCAGCAGCAGCAGCAGCAGCAGCAGCAGCAGCAGCAGCAGCAGCAGCAGCAGCAGCAGCAGCAGCAGCAGCAGCAGCAGCAGCAGCAGCAGCAGCAGCAGCAGCAGCAGCAGCAGCAGCAGCAGCAGCAGCAGCAGCAGCAGCAGCAGCAGCAGCAGCAGCAGCAGCAGCAGCAGCAGCAGCAGCAGCAGCAGCAGCAGCAGCAGCAGCAGCAGCAGCAGCAGCAGCAGCAGCAGCAGCAGCAGCAGCAGCAGCAGCAGCAGCAGCAGCAGCAGCAGCAGCAGCAGCAGCAGCAGCAGCAGCAGCAGCAGCAGCAGCAGCAGCAGCAGCAGCAGCAGCAGCAGCAGCAGGCAGAGCUGUCCACGUCAUGCAUGGAAGACAUGGCUCAGCUCUGUGCUGCGAUGAGGAGCCAGCAGACCAUCUUCUGGGCGGGCUCCAUCUCCCUGCACUGCAGAAAGGAGGUGCAAGGGGCGCCGCAGAGCACACAUGCAUCAGCACGUGGCUCACAUGGGUCACAUGGGUCAUUGCUAGGGCUGCCUUGCGCCGACUCUGCUCUGCUCACCCGCCUCACCACACCCACUAGCGACAGCAGCAGCACUAGCCGUGCAGUUAGGAACGCGCAUUCUGCUGGUAGCAGCAGCCCGGCCCAGCUUGCUGCUGCUCAGGCCAGGAAGCCGAAGCUGAUCGUGGUCGGGCGGCAGCUGAAGCAGGUGCUGGGAGGGCAGUUAUGGCGACUCCCUGGAGGGCAACUGGAGAUGGGCUCUGGAGAGGAGGGAAGGAGAGGGGGGGGUGGGGACGGAGGGGGGGAGUGUGUGUGGGUGGAGGGAGGGGCGGCUCUGCUUCGUGGCCUCCAAGGGAUGCCUUUGCCUGGCGUUGACUGCCUUGACUUCGUGCCACUGUCGCCUCCUGAUUGGUCCACAGUGUUUCUCGAUCCCUCGCUCCCUCUCACUGUUGACAUUGGUUGUGGCAACGGGCGUUUCUGCCGCAGCAUGGCUGGGAGGUUCAGAGGGUCGAGGAACUUCCUGGGGCUUGAGAUCAACAGACAUCUGGUGCAGAAGGCGCUCUCUCUAGCUGCCGGCACGCCACCAAGGCAAGAAGAAAGUUCCUUGAGGGCUCGGGACAGCCGUGAGCGGCUCACAGAGCACCGACCCAGCAACGUAUGGUUUGUGCAUGCCAACGCCACCGCAUCUCUGCACGCCCUUCUGGCCAACUACCCCGGCCCCAUCCACCUCCUCACCAUCCAGUGCCCCGACCCGGACUUUGCAGCGAGCAGAAGAGCGCAGGAGCGCGGCACAGCGCACGUGUACCGGUGGGGCAUGCUCUCCCCUGCUCUCGUGGAUGCCAUGCUGGCUGUGCUGCACCCGUCUGGCCAGAUUCUUAUCCAGUCGGACAUUGAAGAAGUCGCAACGCGCUUGACGUACGAUGCCAUUCGAUGGUCUCAAGGGCGGUUGAACUUGCGGGAUAGCAAUGGCGGUGGUGAAAGUAUUUGGAUGGCUGAUAAUGGUCUUGAGGAAGCCCCCUCUUCAGAGCCAUUCAUUGCGCAGUGGGGAACAGAAGCGGAGUCGGAUUGGGAGUUGCAUGCCAAGACAAAGGGACGAGUUAUGACAUCGUUCUGGCUCCAGAAGAUGUUCAACUCGUAAUAAAACACAAAAACCUUUCUUAUAUUGGCUGUAUAUUCCGUGGACGGCAAUCCGGAAUUCUCCAGUUCCAGUCAU